UCAUGUCUGCUCUGCUGCUGCAUCCCCGUCGAGACUUCUUCUCUGCAUUGACAUAUCACCCGCCAUCAGACCACUGCAGAUUGUGGUCCGCCCGCCUCGUCGAUGCCGAUAGGAUUUCCUCCGCCCUCCGCCCUACGGGGAUCGGUGGCAGAAGCAUCGUUUUCCUUAGGGCCACCGAGGCAUGCAUCCGACCGCAAGCGCAGUCAAGCUGUGAUUUCUGUGGUACGGGCGCGGUGGUCCUGUUGGGCCCGGCUUACCAAUAUAGGCAGCUCUCAAGCUCAGAAGGCCACACGUAGGUCAAUGCCCUCCCAUUCUAUGGACAGCCUUGGGGCAGUCAUCACUGACUGUGACUCGACCCUGUGGCAAAUCAUUCGUAUCAGGGUGCGUGGUGAUAUAGAUUAUGGUCCAUCUCUGCAGGCCGACUGGCUGUAUCACACGAGUGCGCGCCCGCCACAAAUCUGCCAAAUAUGGCAGAACCCUGGGAGUGUGGCGUGUCACGAGUUGGCAGCACGGUUGCAAAGCCUGAUUCUAGUGGUGAAGGAGAGGGUGCGAUGUCAACAACGAGCCGUGAACGAGGCUGGCUUGUUCGUCGUGUGUAUGGUGCCCGGGAGCGCAUUGUUGCACUACUCGCUAGUGAUAUGCGUCCACAUCGUGCUUCCCCUGCGGGUGGGCCAACCUUGUCAAGUCCGCCUUGGCUGCGUAGGCCUUGCACCCCGGAGUCUGUUUCGCCAUCCGUCGCACACGUUCCUGCAAUUCACGAGCUUCCGAUGGCAAUCUUGCAACGCCAAUACGCCUGGAAUCAACGUGGCGGGCUGUGAGGUGGUACUGCAGUGGGGCCUGAAGCUGGCUCGUCUCAGCUGAGUGCAGGCAUACAAGCCGACGGUCGAUGCCGGGCUCAGGGAAGGGCUUGCGACACUGAAAACCUACGCUCGUGCCGUUUCUAUGCGUCGGAACUUCUCAAUGACUGUGGGGUCGCGCUCAUCGUCGGUCGCGGUUGACAUACAUUAGACGCCCAGCGACCACCACCACAAGCUUCGACUCCGCGAUGACAUUGACAUGACA